AAGUCAAACAGGAAACUAAAGUAUAGUCAAACCACAGCAAGAGAGCAGGAGGAGAAACAUCCAGCAGUAACCCCGGUGGCCGACAGUGAUGUCUUUUUGACAACAUGGACGUGCUGCCUUCAAGGAAGAUCGUCCUGCUGGGAAAAACUGGAGCUGGGAAAAGCAGCCUGGCUAACACCAUCUUGGGAGAGAAACUGUUCACCAUAGACCAUUCUCCCAUCUCUGGAACAAGUGAAUGUCAAACAAAAAUCAAAUCUGUCAACGGAAGAAGCAUCGCUUUGAUCGACACUCCCGGUUUGUUUGACACAGGCAGGUCUGAGGACGACAUGAAGCCUGAGAUAGUGAGGUGUUUGACAGAGUGCGCUCCUGGGCCUCAUGCUUUUCUCAUUGUGUUUAAAGUGGAGAAAUUCACAGAGCAUGAGGAGGCUGUCAUCACUAAAAUAUGCCAAUAUUUCUCUGAAGAUGCUCUAAAGUAUGCCGUAAUUGUCUUCACUCAUGGUGACCAGCUCCCGGAAGGAAUGAAAAUUGAGGAGUUUGUCAGUCAGCUUAAAGAUCUGAGUGAUCUGGUGAAGAAGUGCGGAGGUCGGUGUCACGUGGUCGAUAAUAAAUACUGGAAGAUAAACGAAGGGGACAACUACAGAAGCAACCAGUUCCACGUGGCAGAGAUACUCAACACACUAGACAAGAUGACUGAGGCAAACAAAGAAAGCUGCUACACCAAUCAGAUGCUACAAGAAGUGAACAGGGAAAUACAGAGAGAGGAAGAGUGCAUUAGAGAGUCAUCAGGAAACAUGUCACAGGAAGAGAUCAGAAAGCAGGCUAAACAGAGUGCUUUUGAGAGGUUACUGAUCAGAUCAGCAGGUAUUGCAACAGGUGCAUUGUUAGGAGCUUUGCUUGGUGUGGCAGAGAUGGUUGCAUUUGCUGUUCCAGGACUAGUAACAACAGAGAGAGGAAGAGGAACAGUUGCGUUGGCCGCUCAAAGUGGUUUAGUAAAGGGCGCUCUGACAGGAUAUACUGCAGCUGAAGGAGCAGAAUCUUCACUGGAAGCCAUACAGAAGGUAGCUGAGGCUGUCUGGAACAAAUGUAGUGUUUCAGAGAGUCAAAGCAACAAAUAGAAGAAAUACAGUGACUGCAGAGCAGGAGCUGGAUGUUAUUGGUUUCACCAACUAGGGAAAAAUGGGCUUCUUGAUUUAUAGUCAGGUGAGACAUUUAAACAUUUGUUGGAAACCAGGAUUCAGUGAUUCUCGUUACUUGUAUCAGUGUGGUUAUUGUUCUACCAACACAGGGUGGAUAAUUAGUGUACAUUAAAAAAAAAGAUUGAUGGCAACAGAGAUUUUUAAUUCAGAAUAAUUCCUCUGUAAUUCUUUUGUGAGAGGUUGAAGACAUUCGUUAUGAAUUAGGAUUUCAUUAGACUGUCACGUGAUGGAAAUUAUUAAUCAUAUGAAAUCAUCUGUAACUAUUUCCCACAUUAUAUGACUGUGAUGUUGUUGUCUUUUAUUCUUAUUAGUUUGCUCUUUACACUUUAUUGAAGAGUUUUUGCAUUGGUUCAACAAGUAAACAGCUGUGUGUUGUGUGUUAACCUUUACUAUCUGGAAAGAUUGAGGCCAUUUAUUAUUAUAUUCUGAUGACUUCUGUAUUUUAAAUGAUCUCUUUUGCACUUAUCAUGACUAUGAUAAGUGCUGAAAGUUAUUGUUUGUGCUGUAAGUUAUAUAGAUUGAACAGCUGUGUGUUUAGUCAUGUUUCCCAGUCGCUGGCUUUGUUGUGCCUCUUCAG